CGCUCAUUCAUUUCUUCUAUGUGCCCGUUCAACCAAGACAUUACUUUACAAAAUCUUAACUAUAAAUGUCUAAUUAACGCUAAAACAGCUUAGUUUCCUCUAAUUCAUUAUCACUAAACAAACAAUGAUCGCACAGUUUUUAUUUUUCUGCAUAUUAUCCUUCUUCUUUUCAAUAGUCCUUAGCGAGGACUUUUUCCAAAGCCCUGUAUACAAGUAUAGGUACGAAACGGAAGAUGUGAUGAAAACAGCAGCUUCCAAUGUUCCUGUAAGGGGCUACCAUGUUGUCGAAGGGGGGUAUUACCCCUCUGAAGUGGGCGCGGGAGGUUUUGGAGGCCUUGGAAAUUUUGGUGGAGCCGGGUUGGCUAGGGCUCCUACGGGAUAUAGUGGUCAAUUCCUGUCUCCCCAAAUAGCCCCGAUUGGCGCUGGCGCUGGCCAUUAUGGUUCCAUCGGACCUCAAUUAUCUGGCCAAAUCAUCCCAAGAUAUACCACCGGUAAUUUUUUAGGAGGAGGCGCUGCAGGCCUGGGUCUAGGCGGCGCAGGUGUAGGUUUUGGGGGCGGCCAUCACUACUACCCCCACCAUAUUGGGGGUGAAGAAAUCGCUAAAGAGGAAUUUAGCGGUGGAAAGAAGAACGUAAACGAUGAGAAGUACGAGAAAAGCGAGGGUAAAAAAGGAGAAGAAGUUAAUCAUGGAAAAGCCGGAUAUAGUAAAGGAGAGGUUGCCGCUAAAGAUGUUAAAGGCGAUUCUGGAUUUUACAGUAAUGUUGAUGGAGAGAAGAAAGUCGUAGAGGAUGGGAAAGAGUACCAUGGUGGACAGCAUUAUAAUAAAGAAGGUAAAAAUGGAGAAGAACAAACUUUAAAAAAAGGUCACAAAAAGGGCCACAAAGUAAAGAGUUUCAAAACAUCUCACCAUAAAGAUGAAUCUGGAAAAUCUGAAGAAUAUUACGAUGAAGAACAUGAUGAAGGAGGUAAUCUCGCAUUUAAUGGACAAGCGGGUAGUUUUGGAGAAAAUGGAGCAUCGUCCUUUAAAGGAGGCAAAGAAGACGCCAAAUACAACACAGCUGAAGCCAAAAAAGAAGGUCAUUUUAAAAACGAACACUCUGUAGAUAAAGCAGAAGGUGACCAAGGAAAAUACGGCGAACAAAAAUUUGCCGGAAAUGAAGCCACAUUCGGUUACAAAAAUGGAGCUGACGAAGAGAGCCUUUUGGGUCAUCAAGAGUCUAGUAAAUUUAUCAAAUCCCAGCCUUUUGUUAUUCCUUUUUAUCAAGCAUAGAAAACUAAUAGGAAAAUUAGCAAAUUGAAACAGUAUUUCUAAAAUUAAUUUUAUGCUUUCUUGAGAGUUGAGAUAUCUAAUUUUUAAUUAAUAAUAGUUGCUCUAGUUUUGUUUGUUUAAAUGUCGC